AUGACCGGGGUGCUGGAGAGCCUGGUGCCGGACAUGCACGCCAGCCAGAUCUCCGCCGGCAGCUACCACCAGCACGGCGGCUUGCACAAGCCACAGGAAUCCCCCACGCUGCCCGUCUCCACGGCCACAGACAGCAGCUACUACACCAACCAGCAGCACGGGGCGGCGGGCGGACCAGCCUAUGGCCCGGUGGGCUCCUACCCUUACGCGGGAGGCGGCACCGCCCCCUACUCCGCCAAGGCCGGCUACGACCUGGGUUACGCGGGGGCCUACGGCUCCUACGGGCCUUACGGCAGCAGGGCCUCUCCGGCUAACAACGACUCCGCAGAGAAGGAAGAUUGCGAGCCGGAGAUCAGGAUCGUGAACGGGAAGCCGAAGAAAGUGCGGAAGCCCCGGACCAUCUACUCCAGCUUCCAGCUGGCGGCUCUACAGCGGCGCUUCCAGAAAACCCAGUACCUCGCCCUGCCCGAGAGAGCGGAGCUGGCGGCCUCCCUCGGUCUCACUCAAACACAGGUGAAGAUCUGGUUUCAGAACCGCCGCUCCAAGUUCAAGAAGAUGUGGAAGAGCGGCGAGAUCCCGGCGGAGCCGCCUCCCCGCCGCAGCGCCUCGCCGCCGCCCUCCGUCUCGCCCCCUGCCUGGGACUUCGCUCCGCACCCGCGCACGACGGGCACCGCCAGCCCCAGCCCUGCCGCCGCCUUCCUCGGCAGCUACUCGUGGUACCCGCCGGCGCCCGGCGGCCCGGCGCACCUGCCGGCGCCCGGCCCUCUCCCGCAGCCGGCGCAGCCCCCGCACCACCACGGCGGCGGCAUCUUCUAG